ACUAAACUUAUAACAAGUAAUGGAUACCCUGUGGAAACUCAUGAAGUAGAAACUGAAGAUGGUUACUUCUUGACAGUCCACCGAAUUCCUAGAGGCAAAAAUCAGCUUAACGGAUCAACCGGAACUCCAGUUUUAUUCAGUCAUGGAAUGGGAGGAUCUGCUGAAAAUUUCAUCUGGAUGGGGCCUGAGAAAUCAUUGGGAUAUAAGUUGGCAGACUGUGGUUUCGACGUAUGGUUGCUGAAUGCACGGGGAUCUUGGCAUUCCCUGAAGCACAAAACAUUAGACCCUGAUAGAGAUACAGACUUUUGGAAAUUUUCGUGGCAUGAAAUCGCAGUUUUUGAUAUACCUGCUACAAUAGACUACAUCUUGGACAAGACAAAUCGAAAAAGUUUACACUACAUUGGUUUAAGUCAAGGAACUACGACUUUAUUUGCGAUGGGUUCAGAGCGAGUGAGAUAUAAUGAUAAAAUAAAGGUGAUGAUCGCAUUGGGACCAGCUGCAGUAAUAAUCAAACCGAAACAUCCAUUGAUUAGAUUAUUACUACCUUUCUAUGAAUACUUUCAGUUACUUGCCAAAAUUCUCAGAGUUUAUAAGCUACCCCCGCUUAUCUCAAUGAGUACAUCACACAAAAUUUUUUAUGGUAUCUGUGGCCAUAAAUUCAGUCCAGUUUUUGUUUGCAAAUACGUAAUGUUCAUACUUGGAGGAAUCGAACACAACCAAUUCGAUACGAAAGUCGUCCCAUUGGUAGCUUUGACGGCACCAGCUGGAAUGUCGACAAAUCAGAUGGUUCAUUACGCACAGAACAUCAAACGUGGAAGAUUCGAACAGUUUGAUUUUGGGAAAAAAGAAAAUCUGAAGAAAUACGGUCUGGAAAAACCACCUUCAUAUAACAUAACUCGAGCUACAUUUCCAGUAGCUCUGGUCUACGUAGAAAAUGAUCUUUUUGUAUCCAAAGAGACUCUGGAAAUUCUGGUUACAUCAUUGCCCAACAUUGUAGAUGUGUAUAAAGUACCAAACAAAGAAUGGACCCACAUUGAUUUGGUAUGGGGAAAGGACAUGGAUAUUUUACUCAAUCCAAGAGUUAUAGAUGUGUUGAAGAAAUAUGAUUAAGAAUAAGCAAUUCUUGUAAAAUAAAAUAUGUAAAAUAAU